AUGCUGCCAACUUUAGCACCUUUAAGAAUUUCAAUGCCUUUGGAGAAACAAGGAAGACCUCCUGUUUCUCCACUACUUCCUCUGGAGGAACGUAAACUACCAGCAAAGAGCUGUGGCAGAACGUCAUCUACUUCAUCUUCAAGAUCUCCAACAGGAAGUGUAGUAGGGACUGUUUAUGACAGUUCCGAUAAGGAAACAUCAUACACAAAAUUUUCAAAACCUAUUUUUGAAGGUAAAAAUGGGAUUAUAUAUAAAGGUAUUUCCAAACUGAAAGAACCAUUAGUACUUAAAUUUUGGAAACAAUCCAGCGACCAAAGUCCUACUUCGUAUAACAUUGACGUACGGGCAGAAUAUGAAAACAUAAAGGCAUGUCUGCAUAAAAACAUCGUUCAAGUUUGUGAUCUCAUACGUGAUAUUAGUAAGGAUAAUGAUAGCGUUGCUGAAGAGGAAGCUGAGUUGAGUGCAUGGAUUCUAGUUUUCCCAUAUUAUCCUAAUGGAGAUUUACUCAAUUAUUUGAGUGUUUUGAGAAAAAAUAAAGUUAUAAUAUCAAAUAAUUUGAAAGAUUCGAUAUUUAAGCAAAUCUUGAAAGGGAUAAUAUAUCUUCAUGGGAAAAAUAUUGUUCAUCGUGAUCUUAAACCAGAAAAUUUCUUAAUUGAUGAUACUGGGUUAAUUAAAAUUGCUGAUUUUGGUUAUAGUUUAAAUUUAAGCAAUGAUGAUUAUAAAGAACAACUUUCAACGAAUACCAGAGAAAUUUAUUGUGGAACCAACAGUUUCAAAGCGCCUGAAUUAUUUGAAAUUGAAUGCAAUUUAUGUGAAGAAACAACCAUGAAGACUAUUGAAACCCUUAAUUAUAAAGCACUUGAUUAUUGGUCAUUGGGUAUGGUUUACUUGAAUAUCUCACUCAUGUUAAUUCCUUGGACUACUGCACUGGUUGAAAAUAGUAGUUAUGCGAAAUUUGAGGCAAAUUAUCCUAAAAAUGAUAUUCUGUUUGGGAACUUAAUCAAAUCAUUUGAGUCACCAAUUAUUCAUAAGACGUUAGCAAAUGAAAACCCAGCGUUGUCACUUUUCAAGAAACUUACAUAUGACUCGCGAAGUUUUAUAUUGAAGCUAUUAAAUCCAAAACCAGCUUUGAGAUUAUCUCCUCAAGAAGUUUUGGCAUCGAAAUGGCUAUGUCAAUGUUAUUCAGAUCCCAAGGAAUUAAUUGAAGUGCUUCAAAAUAUAAAGUGA